UUCAUUUCAACAUACUUAUGUGCGUGGUAGUUAUAUAUUUAUCAUAUCAUCUCUGGGCAACUGACUUUAUAGCUUUACCUUGUGAAUUGUAUCUGCUUUUUGCAUAUGAGCACAGGCAGUCAGUUGACCUUGACUAGUCAGUCUCUUCCGCUCUGGAAAACUUGGUGAUGGGCGCAAUUUUGAGCUUAAGUGGGUCUGGCUCCAGUUCAGGAGCUAAGAACUCUUUUGAUAAGUCGUCCUGCAAUGAACCUUCUAAGAGACAAAGGGUUUCAGCAAAUUCUUUUGAAGGAAACCCACGAUUGAUUCCCAGUCUUCCUGAUGAGAUAUCAGCGGAGAUCCUUGCCCGGGUUCCCAGAAUUCAUUACUUGAAAUUGAAGCAAGUUUCACGUUCAUGGAAGUCGGCCAUCCUUGAUUCCCAACUCUUUAGUGUCAGAAAGGAGCUUGGAAAGACGGAAGAGUGGCUUUACAUACUGACAAAGGUUGAAGACGACAAGCUUCUCUGGUAUGCGUUGGAUCCUCUGAACAAGAUAUGGCAGAGGCUGCCGCCAAUCCCCAGUGCUGCUUACGGCGAUGAAGCCAAGAAGGGCUACAUGGGUCUUCGUGUGUGGAAUAUGGUAGGCUCGGGUAUGAAAGUAGCUGAUGUGGUGAGGAGCUGGCUUGGAAGGAAAGGUGCCCCUGAAAGAAUGCCCUUCUGUGGUUGUGCUGUUGGAGCUGUAGAUGGUUGCCUGUAUGUUCUUGGUGGGUUCUCCAAAGGUUCAGCCAUGAAAUGUGUGUGGAUGUAUGAUCCCAUACAAAAUGCAUGGACCGAGGUCAGCCCCAUGACUACCGAUAGGGCAUAUUGUAAGACAAGUGUCUUGAACAAUAAGCUCUAUGUUAUUGGAGGAGUUAACGGUGGUCGUGAUGGGUUGAUGCCACUACAAUCUGCAGAGGUCUUUGAUCCCGAAACCGGUUUGUGGACCGGACUCCCAAGCAUGCCUUUUCUGAAAGCUCAGUCGAUCCCCACAGCAUUUUUAGCCGAUCUCCUCAAGCCCAUAGCAACAGGAGUGACUUCAUAUCGUGGGAAACUGUACGUGGCUCAGAGUUUGUACUGCUGGCCUUUCGUUGUUGAUGUUGGUGGAGAGGUCUACGAUCCAGAGACGAAUGCAUGGGUCGAAAUGCCAUCCGGUAUGGGUGAUGGCUGGCCUCCAAGGCAAGCCGGGAGGAAACUGAGUGUCACGAUCGAAGGCGAGCUGUAUGCUCUCGAUCCAUCGGGCUCGGUUGAUGGUCCCGAUACUAGAAUCCAGGUUUAUGACUACCUCGAAGAUGCUUGGAAGGUUGUUCUUAGGGACGUGCCUAUUUGCACUCAUACCGACUCUGAAUCCCACCAUUUGCUUACUGGUUUGCUUGGGAAGCUCCAUGUGGUCACCAAAGAUGCAGGUGCCAACAUUGCUGUUCUGCAGGCCGGCUUGCAGAACUGUGUGGAGGACUCUUUGGGUUCAGAGUUGGCGCCAGAAGCAGAUAAUUGGCGAGUCAUUGCUUCCAGAAAUGCUGGUUCUUCUGAACUGGUUAACUGUGUGACUCUUGAUGUCUGAUGAGUUCUGUGUUGCCCCUUAAAAGUUUUCAUGCUCCAUUUCCUCUUUGAGUGAGCCAUAUGUAUACACAAAUGUUACCUUGUUUGAAUCUUGUUUUUGUCAAGUUCACAAGUUAUAGUGAAGUUAUACCUUUGUAAGUUGAUGCUCUCUAUUGAAUUUGCUAGCCUUGCUCUUUAUCUUCAUUUGUAAAUAUCCCACGAACCAGAAUUUUUUCUGCUAGGAACCUGCAUUUCAGUUUGGUGUGGAUUUGGAUUUUGGCUUGCCUCAUCUCCAAAGACGUUCUAUUGGAAAAUGUUGUCUUCUACUUAUACACGUCGUGUUCUAUGAGCAUGUAUUAUCUGGCAUUGACACACAUCGUUUCUUAUUGAAGAAUAUGACCUCGUUUAUUAAUAAACCGAUUCAUGAAGUCAACAAGAUUUUGAGACAUAGGUUAAGUAGACAUGUUUCUGUACUGUAGCAACAAAAUAAUAAAGUGAGGCAUUAAUA